AUGGGAAAAAACAAAAAAAAAAAUAGUCAGGAGGUUGCAGUUGACAACCACAAUAGUAUCAAUGAAGGUGAUGGCGAUAAUGAUAAUAAUCAAAAUCGAAAUGAUAACAAUAAUAGUAAUAAUAAUAAAGGUGAUAAAAAUAAUAACAAUAUGAAUAUGAAUAAUAAUAAUAAUAAUAAUAAUAAUAAUAAUAAUAAUAAUAAUAAUAAUAAUAAUAAUAAUAAUAAUAAUAAUAAUUAUAAUAAUUAUAAUAAUUAUAAUAAUAAUAAUAAUAAUUAUAAUAAUUAUAAUGAAAAUGGUGUUAAUGAUAAUAAUAAAAAUAAAUAUAACAAUAAUAAUAAUGAAAAUAAAGAUAAAGGUCCAGAAAAUAUCAGAAAAAGUAAAGGUGAUUGGGAGUUCCUCAUUGAUAAUAAUCAAACUAAACAAAAACAAGGGGAUGCAAUAGCAUCAGAUGAAAAACUAUAUGCAAAUGACCAAGCUACAAAAAAUACUACUUUUCAAUUGGAGAUGCUACAUGAUGCCACUUUUUUCUUUCAAAAUCCAGUUGGAGAAAAAAAUAGUGAUUUUUUGAACAAGAUUGAAAUUAUAAAUGAGGAGAAAGGAUUUUUCGAUAAAAUUAAAUCAUACAUGCCCGGCAGGUCAGAUAUUACGUAUUUUAGUCCCGUUAGUGAUACAUGGAUUUUAAAUAAAGAUGGAAACAUAAAGAUACCAGAAAAGUUAGAUAUUAAAAAAUAUCCACAUAGAGGUCUUUGGUAUUUAAUUGGUAUAUCAAAUGACAAUGUUAACGAAACUCUUUUAUCAAUGGUAAACUCCUUAAUUGAAAGUAGAACCCCGGUUUGGAAUACAAAUAUCAAGGGCAUGGAUGAUGUAAAAGAUUUAUAUUUUCAAUUUAUUAAGUCUUUGAUUUCCCUAGGGUAUAAUAAAAGGGUUAUUACUUAUUUAAUUUUAAAUUCAUUUGAUCAAACUGGAGAUUUCAAAAGAAUUGGUAUCGAAGAGGAUUUUAUUUCUAAUAUCCACAAUUACCGAGAUUUUGGUGACUUGUUCCCAAUAAUCAAAAGUAAAAUCCGAUUCUUAAAUAUUUUUUUCGAAUGUUCGGGACUGUUUGGUGGGGGUGAUUCUCUAAAAAGAAAUGUGUCCAUGGUUUUCCAAAUUUAUGAUUCGUUCAAAGUUAAACAUGAAAUAAACACUUUUUUAAAUUUUUGGAUAAAUGGAGAAGUAAAUUUUGUUAGACAACACCCAAGGCUAGUGUUUUUUAAAAUUUUAGUUUCCACCUAUAUCAGCUUAAAAAAAAACUUAGCUUACAACAAUCCGAUUAAUAAUUUAAUCAUCUUUUUGAUUCAAAAUGAACGACCAUCUUUCGAUUUGCUAAAGAUCCAUCACAUUUUCAACAAAUUCAAUUAUAGAGUUGUUUCUUCACAUGAAGAUUUAUUAGUAACUAUAAAAUUAAAUGAAAGAAUAUUAAUUAGUGAUGACGUUUUAAAUAAAGCAAUUUCAAAAGUUUUUGAACCUGGUUUUUUCAUCCAAUUAUUCAAACUUGGAUCAAGUAAUAAUGAUUUAAUUAGUGACGCUAAAAAGUAUUCAUUGCUUCAAAUUCAUAAGGAUUUUGGUUUGUUUCUAGAAUUUACUUUAUUACAUCCAAAAAUGGAAAAGUUAUCGGUAUCCCAGUUAACCUUCUCCAAACAUAUGCUGUAUACUUAUGUAAAAUUGUUCAAAGAGUACGAAAAAAAUUACAAUUUCUUUUCAAAUGGCAAGAGUAGAGAUAAUUAUCCAAGGUAUUACGAACUUGGUACUUUUUUAGUUGGCCAGUUUCAAGAAUCACCACUUAAGCAUUUUGUCUCAAAUGGGGAGGACACAAGUUUGUUUGCUUUUUUGGUUGCAAAAAAAUUAGUAGAGCCAAUAGUUAAAGAUAUGCAACAAUCUCAUUAUUCCCAUUCAGUUUUUAAAUACCUUUCAACAGUAAAUAUCGGGGACAGUAUUGAUUGGUUAGAAGAUUUUACAGAUUUAAUUGAUUCAAAGGAAUUUAUAAAAACCAAAUUACUCGAAAAGUCGGAAGAAAUUGCUUUAAAUGAUGUAAAUUUUGAAAAGAAUAGUAAAACUUACUCAAUAAUAUCAACCACUCUCAAAUCAUAUUUCAACAAGGUGAUUACACCCGCCGAUGAUUUAAAUGAUUCAUACAAGAUGCUUAAAAGUGAGAUUGAUAAACUUAAAAAAUUGGAUGACUUCAUCUCAGAGACAUUCGAAAUAAAGAAAUAUGGUUCCACAAGUUUAAAUCAAACAAAGAUUUCUUUAAAAACUCAAUUGGCAAAUUUAGAGGACCAUAUCAAAAACGUCAAAGUAACAGGAUACAGCGACACUUUAAAUACUAGCUCAAUAACAAUAUUGAAAUAUUUUGUUAUCGAGGACUCUCAGUUUUUCAAAAUUGUUUUCAACCAUUAUAAAGAUAGUAGCAACUCAUUAAAUGAAAUCUGCACGAUUACCCAACAGUUUUUAACUGGUUUGUCAAAGAUGAACAGAGAUUUAAAUUUAAAUUGUGAGCUUUUUAAACAGCUUUCAAAAAAUACAAUUAACUUAAGAAAAGAAAUCGAUAUACUUUGUGGCUAUUCUAGAGUAGGUCAGUUAAAGGUAGAUGACUUUAAAAAGUAUAUCGAAGAAGUCAUUUCUCUAUUUAGUAUUCAGAGCAAUUAUCAUUCACUUUUAAACUUUUUUGAAAAGAACUCAUUUAUUAGAAUCAAUGAUUUAAAGAAAUCUCAAACCGAUAUUGAUCAACUUUUAAACCCAAUUAAAUCAAACGAAAUCAAUUAUAAUACAUCAAUUUCAACAAAGACUAAAAUCGAACUAAUGAUUGGUAAUCUUACAUAUCAUCAUAUUCCAUUCUUUUCAACCAUUGAAAGAGAAUUGAUAGAGUUUUUUGCAGGCUUCAAAGAUGAAAAACACUUUUAUGAAAGAACAACAAUUAUAUCUACCAACUGUAUUGAAACUCUAAGUUCAAGUCUAAUGGAUUAUGCAUUAAAGUUAGCACCAGUUUUAAAUCCAAUUGUUUUGGAUUACAAAAGAGCUAACAAUGACCACACUUCACAUUCUUUCACCGAGUAUUGUUCAAAAAUGCGUGCUUUAUUACCAAAUUCUCAAAAAGAUAGUGACAAUCUUUUAAUCAAAAUGAAGUCACUUCAAGAAAAUAUCCCACAUCUAAAGUCAUUAUACAGUGGUGCAGGUAGUGUUAUUACUCUUCCAAGAUUAUCAGAUAUACUCCGUAACUCUACUUUUAUAUCCACUAUGGAAAAUGGUAGCCAUACAUGGUCUGUAAAAGUUGAAAAGUUUGAAUAUAACCAAGAUAUUUUAGAAGAGACUAUUUGUGGCUUAAGAUUAAAUUCAGGUGAAAUCAAAGAACCAGCACAACAGCAAACUUUUAAAGAUUAUCAAUUGUUACACUCGCUAUUAAAAUCAAUACACAUCAGCCACAUAGAAUUAGUCAAAAUGUUCCACCAUGAUUUUUUAAAUGGAGUAUUAGAAAUCAAAAUCAAUCAAUCACUAAAUGAUGUUCAACUAAAAAAUGAUGAGUUAAAAUCAAAAAUUGAAGAGUGGAAAGAUUUACUAAAUUCACUUUCAAAUAGAAUUAGACUAUUAAGAAAUCAACAUAUAUCAUCAUUGUUUACAUCUAUUAUACAUUUCUUAAAUAAUAAUAAUAAUGGCAAUAGCAAUAAAGACCAGUCAACAAAAUUAACAAAUAUUUUAUACCAUUAUGUUAAGUUUUGUUACUCAAAAUCAAAUAAAGUUUCAGCAUCAUCCAUUAAGCAAAUAAUAGAACUUCAUUUUGGAGAGGAAGACUUUGUUGGAAGAAUUAUUAAAGAAGGUGGUGGUUUAAAUACUUUAUCAGUAAGAAAUUUUAUUUCUACACUCUUCGAAUCAUUUGAUGAACAUUACUUUGAUGAUGAUAUUGAUACUUUUGAUAAAUCAACUUGUGGUCCAAAAUAUCUUCAACUCGAUAGCAACCAGUGCGAAUUAUUAGAUCUUUAUUUGGUAGAAUUUAAUGCAUCAGUUUUACCUCAUCCAAAUCAAAUAUUUUAUGGUCAAAACUUUUUUAAUGAAAGUGAAGAUUUCUUUUAUCUUAUAGAAAAUGUCAAAGAUCGUCCAUUCUUUUUAAUCGGUUUGCCAAAUAAAAAAGAGGAUUUAUUACGUUGGUUAUCUGAUCAUUAUUCAAAUGACACUUUAAAACAACUUUCAAGAGUCUAUAUUAUAUCACUAGAAUCAUCAAAUUCUGACACAAUUGGAGAUUUCCUAGAAAAACACGAAGAAGAGCUUACCGUAAAGUGGGGUGACUUCAGUUUAUUAUAUAGGGCAAACUUAUUAAAUGGUGAGCAUUCAACUGGCAAAACAUUGUAUAUAAAUACCCAAAAGAAGAAUUUUGUUUAUAGUUACACAUUAUUAGUUCGUCCAUCAACAGAUUAUUUAAGACUUUUUAAAUACUUAAAAGGUGUUAUAAAUAGCAACCUUAACAAGGCCGAUGUUUUACUUCAUAUCAACUUAUCACCAUACACAAAUUAUUUAGAUUUCUAUUCUUUUGUAUAUCCAUUAAUCACAUAUGGAUUUGUUUAUAAUCAAGAAACUGGUGAUGUUUUGGAUAUUUCCGAAUCAAUCAAUCUUUCAAUUUAUGUAGAAAUCGGAUCACAAUUAAAAGUACCAAUAUAUGGAUCACCAAAAACAUAUCUUUCAAUAUUAUAUAAUAAAUCAUCAAUAAUAAACUAUUCAAUUCCAUGGUCCUUCGAUCAAGAAGAGUUUUUAUGCUUAACAUAUUCUCAAAUUGGUGCAGAGUUCCCAGUUAAAGCACCUCAGCUUAUUACAACUAUUCCAAAUGAUCAGUUGGCUGCAUUUUUUAACCAUGUUCAAACAGUUGUUGGACCAAAUGUAUCAAUUGAAUAUCUUAAAAAUCCAAAAUGUAAAAAAUAUUUAAAGAACUUUAUACUAUUAUUAAAUGAACGUUUAUUAUAUCUUCAAGAGUAUUUCAGAUUUUACAUUGAGUUAAAACAACAACUAUCAAUGGUUCUAUUGGUAAAAAAUGUCAAUCAAGGCGUGGUUAUUACACCAAAAGAACUUUAUCAUUAUUUCGUUACAGAGUCAGUUCAUUUAGCAAACCCAACACUAUGUAGUACUAAAGAAAUUUGGAACAACCCACCACUUAUUAUUUCAAGAUCUCUUGAACAGUUUCCUGAUGAAAGGGGUAUAAUGAAAUCCAUUUUAUACUUUAGUUUUAUAGAUUUUAGAAAAGAGAAUGUAUUGACAUUAGAUCAAGUUAAUAAUUUAUUCACACUUCAAAAUGCAUUUAGUGAAAAGGGUAAAUUCUUUGCAGCUAUCGCCCAUCACUUUGGCAUAACUGAUCGUUCUUAUUUAAUUUCAGAUCUUUCAAAUCAAUACAACUAUGUCUUAACAUUAGAUUUCUCACUUCGUCUUUUAAUACUUCAUGAAAAAAUUAAAAAUCAAAAAUCCUUAAUUUUAACUGGUGACACUGGUGUUGGUAAAACAUAUAUUUUAUUAUUUUAUUCUGCAAUUAUAAAUGCAAGAUAUAAUAUAUUACCAGAAAUCAUGUUCGAAUUAAAAGGUUUUUUCAAUCAACAAAUGAAAAAUGAAAAAAAUAAAAAUGAAUUCACAUCAACAAAAAUCGAGUCAGAAGUAGGUGAUUUUAUUACAGUAUCUAAUAAGAUUAUUGAUAUCGAUAAUGAUUCAGCAACCAAUUUAUUCAAAGAAUUAACAGGUUUUUCAAGAAAUAUAUUAAAAAAUAAUCUUAUACACAAAAAUUCAUCACUAGAAUGGGUACUCAAUAAUGAAAUUGAUUCAAAAGAAAGAACCGAAACUGUAUUAAGAGAUUUAUGCUCAAUUAAAUUCUGUUGCCUUUUCGAAAGAAUUAUAAUGCAUGCAAAAUAUGAUGCAUCAGAGUUAAAAGAAAAAAUUAGAGCUCUAGAAAAGAUGGCACAAAACUUAUAUAAAAUUAAUACUUCAUUAAGAAUGGUUGUUUUUAUUGACGAAUUCAAUACAAGUCCAGAUGACUCAUUAGCUCUAAUCAACGAAUUGUUCAUCGAUGGAACCUUAGAUGGCGAGAAACUAUCGGUCGAUAAUAUUACAUGGAUUGGUGCAAUGAACCCAAAUAUCAAAAAAAUAACCCCAAACAGUUCAAAUUCGAUUAACUACACUGGUCAAGAGACAGAAUCAUCAAAACAAGAGUUUAUUGUAAAAGAUGCCACUCAAUCGAUGGAGCAAUUAUUUUUUGAUUUUGGUGAGUUUACUCCAGAGAGUGAAAAAACAUUUGUUCAAGCAAUGUUUAAUAAAAUUACAAAAGAUAAGAAAAUAUCACCAGGCAGUGCAAGACAUCUUCAAGAGUGUAUUCUUAUUGGUCAAAACUUUUUAAGAGAAGCUAACCAAGAAAGAACCCAUGUAUCAAUUCGUGAUAUUGACAGAGCUGUUGAUCUUUACCAUUUCUUUACACACGACGAAUGUGGCAUUUCAAUUAUUAACUGUGGUUCAAAACUCGGAUAUGAUGACACAGAGUUUCACUGGCAUGCAAUAGUUGUUACUAUGUAUUUAACUUACAUUCUAAGACUAAGUCCAAAUGGUCAAAAGAAUAAAAGAGAAGAUUUAAUUAAAUUAUUUGACGAAUAUUUACAUUCAAGAGAAGACCAAGCCAAUCUUUCAAUUAAAAAUUUCAAAAUGAUUUUUAGAUCAAAAUAUGAAUACCUUUGUCGUAACUACACACUUUUACCAGAGGGUAUUGCACUUACACAAUCGUUAAUGUUAAAUAUAUUUUGUACAUUGGUAGCAAUCAAUACAUCAAUUCCACUUUGUAUUGUAGGGCCACCAGGUUGUUCCAAAACACUCUCAUUUUCAAUUAUUAUGGAUAAUAUAAAAAUUCCAAAGAACCAACUAGAUACCCUUAGUCCAUAUAACUAUAUUCCAUCAUCUGAAGCAUUCCGUUAUCAAUGUACUCCACAUACAACUGAUAUAGAAAUCAAAUCUAGAUUCGAAAAAGCUAUUCAAAGAGAAAUGGAAUUGAAAUCUGAUAAAAAUAAACACAAAUGUAUUGUUUUUAUCGAUGAAGCAGGUUUAGUAAACGAAGAAGAAUCACCAAUGAAAGUAUUACAUGAUUAUUUAGAUCGUCUGAGUAAUAAACUUGGUGAAUCAAGUGAUAAUAUUGGUACAGUUAUUUUAUCCAAUAGGAUUUUAGAUGCCGCCAAAACAAAUCGUAUGAUGGUUUUAUUCCAUCCAGAAUUUCUUUCAGAAGAUGAUGAAAAAGCCUUGGUAAUUGGUUGUUUGUUUAAUAAUAAGCCAUCAUUAGAAAAUAGAGAAGUUAAAAUUUGUGAAUCACUAUGUGUUUCCUUUAAGAGUGUUAACAAAUUCUCAAAAUCCACAAAAGAAAAUUUAUUCCAUCAACGUGAUUUCGUUUAUUUCCUCCGUUUCCUCAGACUUCAAUGGUUAAAGAACAAGAAAGAUUUAAGCGAAGCAUUGUUAGAAUCUUUAGAAAGAAACUUUAAAGGUAUCCCACAAAAACAAUUUGAAGGCUUGGCAAGAAUGUUUUAUCAAGAAUUAGAAAACCACAAAAUUAAAUUAAAUAUUCCAGAAUCAAUUAAUUUUGACAAUACAAUUAACAAUAUUAAAUCUGCACUAAAUGAAAUAACAGAUACCAAUCAAAAUCCAAACACACUUGCAUUCAGAUAUAUUAUGGUUAUUGACCAAUCCGAAAACGAAUCAUCACUUCAAAUAUUAAAUGAAAUUUGUAAAAACAAUGACAAACCUCCAGUUUUAAUUAGAGUUGGUGGCUUUGAAAGAGACUCAUCAGAAGAACUAUUGGUAGAAUGUGUUAGUAAAAUCAAAGCCUCAAUGGCCAAUGGUGAUACAGUUAUUCUGGUUAAUAGUGAAAAGAUAGAUUCAUGUUUUUAUGAAGUAUUCAACCGAUAUUUUAUUACAAUGCAUUCAAAUGAUAAUAAAGAUGGUAGAGAUUUUAUGUCAAAUAUUUCAUUUGGAACUCAUUCAAGCUACUGUAAAGUACACCCAGAUUUCAAGAUUAUUAUCCAUAUGCCUCUCUCUAGAUUAAAAAACACUCAACUUCCAUGGUUAAACAGAUUUGAAAAAUAUAGUCUUUCAAUUGAUUUACUCACCAAAGAAAUUGUAAACAAGAAUGAUUCGAAAUUACAACAAUUUGAAAAACUAUCUCGUUGUGCAGAUCAUUUUAUUUCAACACUUCAUUACUCAUGUUCAAAUGGCUCAUUAUUAGCUGGUUUUUCAACCGAAACUAAAACUUCGUUACUCUAUAAAUUUUUUAAGACAAAUGACGAAGAAAUAUUUGUUGAUGACGCUGACAAUCAAAGAGUAGAAUUUUAUAAAUCAGAUAGUGCACUAGAAGAUCAAACAAAAAUCAAUUUUAAACUUUUACAGAUUGCCAGACCAGAAUCAAUUAUUAAAUAUAUUGAAUCAUUCCCAAUCAACUAUAUUGAAGAAUACUUUUUACAUCAAGAACAUUUAAGUAUUGUAAGAUUUUUAAGAAAUCUUUUUGAAUCAAAAUAUAAACAUAACGAAGCAGUUUCAAAUAAAUGGACAAUCUUUACAAGAUCAUCAUUACCUUUAUCAUCCCUCAAAGAUUUAGAAAUUAAUAGAAUUCUAUCACAAUCUUUAUCCGAAGAUAUUCUUCCAGAAAAUUCAAUUAAAGUAUUACAACUUAACUUUAUUAGAUCAAGUAUUGAUUGCGAAACCAUCAUUAAAGCAUUCCAAGAAUCUGAUGAGCAGGUCUUAAUAGUUGUAGCCGAUAUGGUUUCAUGUAAUCAAAAUCAAAUCACAUAUAUAUUUGAACUUCUUUCAGAAUUAGAAAAAUCAAAAUUCCUUAUUACAAUUUAUCACUAUCCAUCAGAAUAUUCGAUUUCAAAUCAAAUCAAAUUGAACUCAAUUUUCCUUAGUGAAAUGGAGUUCAUUUAUAUUGAUUCAUUAGGAAUUACUUUUGAAAAAGAAAACAAUGGAAGUUUUAUAGAAAGUGACAUUAGAGAUUUAAUAUCAAGAUCAUGUGGUAUUAAAAACGCCCAAGUUAAUAACAAAUCAAUUGAGGAAAUUGUAAGAGAAAUGUUUUUUGAACAAUUAAAAUCAAUUUCACAAGAAUUAAUUCCACCGGUCCCACUUAUGACGUUUAUGAGGGGAGGCAAUAAAAUCCAUCCAUUUUAUACCUCUUCAAAUGAAAGAUAUAAAAUAUUAUAUCAAUUAUUUACAAACAACACUGACUGGUAUGAAUCAUUUGUUUCAAACUUUACUUCUCAUUGGUUAGAGAAUAACCUUUUCGAAAAAAUUUUAUCAAAUAUUGCAGAUUUAAUUAUUUGUGGUAAAGAAUCUCACUCUAUUCUCGAAACUAUUAAAAGCUCAAUGGUUAAUUACAUCUACCCAACAAUCUCAAACAUUGUCAAAAUUCUUUCAAACUUCUAUUCAAUCACCUCAAUUAUAGAAAUAGAUCAAAAGGUAAACAAUACAUCUGAAAUAGAUAAAUUAGAAUUGGAACUUUAUAAAUUAAAGAAACUAUUGAUCAAAGAAAUGAUUGAAUCAUCCAAACAACCAUAUUUUUCAGAAAUUCAAAUCGAUAGAAGAUUAGAACCAGUCACCUUAAAACCACCAAAAGUAACAAAACAGUCAUUAAUUCCAUUGUAUGACUACUUUGAUACUCAAUUCUCAUACUUUUUUAAUAAUGUUGUAAACCAAGCAAAAUCAAAAUCAAAAAAACGUAUCUAUAACAAAAUAAAAAAAUUAUUGGAGGACCAUCCAUUAGAAAACUAUAUACAAGAAAUAUCAAAAUCAGAAAUAUUAUUUGAAAUGUUCCAGAAAGAUUUCGUUAUUAGAUCACUAGGUAUUAGAGAAGACUUAAUAGAUAUGUUUGUUUCAAUUUUGGAUAUUCUUUUACCAUGGGAAAUAGAUAAUGAGAAAAUACAAGAAAAAAAUACGAAAAAAAUCAUUCAAUACUGGAUCAUCAAACAUUUUAAAUCAAAUAUAUUUUUAUUUUUAAAGAAUAUAAUCAACCCUAUUCUAAACCUUCCAAAUAAAGAAAAAGCAAUUAAAAAACUUUUCAAAGCAAUUAACGAUCCAUCAAGUGGCAUUUCAGAAGGAAAUGUUGAAAAGUUAAAGAAAUAUUUUAUUAAAAUGACUAUUGAUAUUCUACUUAACCAAAUAGAUGAAGUUAUUAAGAACUAUACAGAGGGUGAUAAAGAUAUUAUUACAUGGUUUAAAGUUGUUAAAGACCUUUUCAAUAGAACCAGAGUAGAAGAAAUGCUUAAGUCAAUAAAUCAAUACAGUCAAUAUAACUAUAACCAAGCAGAAAACAAUGACUGUUUAAAUGUUGUUUAUCUUCACAAUUGUUACCAAAUUAUCUUAGAAAUCUUAGUAUUAGACGACAGAAUUUCAAAGGAAAUGACUCCAGCAAUCUUAACAGAAUAUUUAAAAAAACUCAACACCUUUGAUAUUGGUGAUAUUGUAGGUAUUUUUAAAAAUAUCACUGAUAGAUUCAAUGACCAACCAAAACUUUCAAGCUCAUUAGAAAUUAUUAGGCCAUUAAUUUCUUUAAAUAUUGAUAAUUUAAAAAAAUUUUUAACUUUAGUUGAUGAGGGCAAAUUACCAUUAGGUUGGAGUGCAGUUAUUUUAAAAGAUCUUUUAAAGAAUAGACAAUAUAGACCAUUUUUAGAAAAAGAAUUUAAUUCAUCCUAUGAAGUUUCAUAUGUAACAUCUGGACCAAUUCCAUCGAUUUCAGAUAUUAAAGAUAACAUCUCAUCUAUUAUACCAUCAAAUUACAAUAUAAAUACUCAAGCAAUCAAAGAUUUACCAUCAAAUAAAAAAGUUAUCGAUAUUCUUUUCAAUAUUUAUCUUGAAGAAUUCUACAAUCAAUCUAGUCAAGUCGAAAAACACUUUUCAAAAAUUCUAGUACUUCAAGAAACUGAAAUUUUAAAAGCAGAGGAUCAAAAAGAUAAAAUCAAAUUUACUACUAUUGACAAAAUUAAACUUUCUUCAUACUCUUGUUUGUUUUUAAAUUAUUUAUCGGAACAAUUUAAACAAAAUAUCGAUGAUUUGGAAUCCAAAAUUUUAAAUCUAAUAGAAGGAAAAGAGAUUCAAAAAAUAUUGAAUUCAAUUUUAAACAACAAGGUAAAACCAAUUCAAUCAAUUUUAUAUCAAGUUUAUUUAUUCAGUAGAAUCGUAAAUGAACAAUGCCUGUUAAAAUUAUUUGCUUCCCAAAAAAUAUUAAAAUGUUUAGGUCUUUCAAAUUAUCACAACUCCUUUGUUUUACCACCCACAAACAAAGAUGAAUACUACAACCUUCCAUUUGAAUAUGAUGUAUCUUUAGAAGAAUAUCAAACAUUUACAACAAUUUAUAAUUUGUUAAUAGCCAAAGAUAUCACUCAACUAAAGAAGUUUAUAAUGGAUGAAGAACAUAACAACCCCAAAUCAAAAGGUUUAAUAAGAAUGAUUUUAUUUGUUUUAUCAUAUAGAUUCUAUUUAAGCAAACAAAAAGAACAAACAGAUCUAUUACUAUUAACCAUUCAAGAUAACACAAUUGUAGAAAGAAUUUCACUCGCUCCAUAUAUUGAUAGCUACCUUAAAAUAUUAAAUACAACAUUUAAUGAUAAAUAUCAUAUUGAUAGAAUUUUAAAGAAUCCAGUCAAAGAUCAACUUUCUACCAGCAUUACAGUUAUAAACUACAUUGCCCUCUCAAUUGGUACAGAUCAAAGUCACCUUUCAUUAUUUUUACGUUCAAAACAACCAAGUGAUGAAACUGAUCCCUUUUUGGUAAAUAUUGGUCAACAUAAAAUAUUCCCACCUGGAUUCGCACUCAUUGAUUGUAAUGUCAUAAACACCCCUGGUGUUACAAGAAAGUUAGAUUUCCAUUUAUUGGUAUCCUCAACAUGGUGUGUGAUUGCAUAUGCAUGCUCUUUAAGAAAUUUAGAACAUUCUUAUUUCAACAAUCUUCAUUUUAUCAACUAUCCACAGGAUGCAGACAACUCUUCUGACUAUACAUUUGCUAGAGGCUAUAACUCCAUUCUUGAUAUAGAAACUGAUAAAACCUUAUCAUCAUCUCUUAUUGAUCCACACAUGUUCAUUUCAUUGAAUCUAUUCAAAAUUUGGAAAAAUUCUUUCGAUCCACAAUAUCAAAUGGUAUCAAGCUUUAAUCCAAACAAUGUUAUUACCUACACUAACAAUAUCCGUAGUUGGUUAGAAAAACUUAUUUUAGAUUUUAGCGAAAUUAAACAUAAUAUCAACGAUCAAAUAUCAAAAUCAUCAACCCAAUUAAAAAAUCUAUCUAUUAUUCGUGGUACAUUUUCAAAAACAAAUCAAUUAAUUUUAUUAAGCGAUGAACAACUCCAUCAACUUGUUGCAUCAAAGGAAAAUGAAUACCUUCCAAUCAAAACAUUUGUUUCAGAAAUUGAAAAGAUUUGUUUGUCAAAGUAUUUUAUUACCAUUAUUAAAUUCCUUGACUGCUUUUAUAAACUUUGUUCAAAUAGAAUUCCGGAAGAGUACCUUGGUAAAUCAGUCAAAGAUUGUAUUGGGUUUUUAAUUGCAAAUAAAUAUGAAACCGAAGAUUCAACUGCAGAACUUUUCAACAUCUACAAUCAACUUAUAGAAAACUGGGUGGUCAUCAAAAACAAAUUAACAAUCGAUGUAUGUAGAAGAGGAUUGUACGCCGAAAGUGAAAUACCAGAGAUUACAAUUGAUACUCCCCUUUUAGCAUUGGUUUCAGAUGGUAAAUCAGUUGGUUGGUUAAAAAAUGUAAUUGACAAAUGGUUAGAAAAUACCCAAGCAUCAAUCAUAAACUCCUGCUUAACCAACAAUAACCUUUCACCAGUUAUUCAAUCGAUUGUCGAAAGCUUUGGAAGAGAAAACAAGUUUGAUAUUGCAAAUAUACCACUAGGUGUCGUAGAUGAAAAUGUUUUACUUGGUUCAAGUUAUUCCCCAGAAGAUUUCUAUAACUUUUGCCAUCUUCAAAUCGCACAAUUCUUUUCAUAUAAUAAACAUGAAUUUGAAUCAUCAAUCGAUUGGGUUUCAUUUUUAAACAACUUGACAAUAACAUUUAUCUAUGGAAAAGUUGCUGAAGGUCAAUUAAAAACUUAUGGUGGUAAAUUCCCAUGUAUCCAACCAGUUGGAACAUCUAGUGAUCAAGACUCAACACUAAACAGCACUGCAUUCUCCGAACCUGAAUUUAUUAAAGAAUUAAAAGAUUUAGUUAAAAUUCAGAAGAUUUCAAAAUUAAAAAUAGAUUUAGAUAAGAGUGUAGAAAUCAAACUUAGAACGAGAUGUAAAUCAAAAUUAAAUCAGUAUCAACUAGAAACAAUUGCAAGGUAUUUAAUCGGCCUAUUAGCAAAGAUCAACAAUCAUUCAGAUAUAAACAGUAUUUAUGAAUCAAAUUUAAUAUCAUUCUAUCCAACAGAUGAUUCAAAAUUAGAUCAUACUAUUAAAGAACUUUUACCAUUGGUACAAAUUAAAAUGGUCUCAUCAUUCACCAAAACAUUUAUAAGUACAUACUCUGGUUUUAGAUAUUAUUACUCAAGUAUUAUGGCAGAUCCAAUCGAAACAAAUCCCAAAUAUUUCGAUCAAUUUAAAUCCAUUCAAGAUAAAAUAUUAAAAGAUUGCUAUGAAGAAAAAAAAAUUAAUAUUAUAAGAAUAAAUAUGUGGAUUGAAUAUAUUAGUCAAGCAAUUCAAAAGAUUUGUAACAAUGACUCUAAAGUCUUUAUUUCAAAUUCACAACCCGACCACCCACUUUGUAAGCUAUUCACUAACAAAAAAUUAUCGCUCUCAGAUAUAGCCUCACCCUCAACCUUAUUCAAUAUUUUUAAUGAAGUCAAAGCUGAAACCCCUUUUAACUAUUUUGCAACAUUUAUGGGUACACUUCAGGACACAUUAUCAAUUCUCUAUAUCAAACUAGACAGCAAAGAAUCAACCAAUGAUAUCAUCGUUGAAUUUGUUGAGCUUACUGAAAAAGAUUUAGAAAACAUUAUUAUAAAAAAAAGACCCCCACCAAAGAAAAAGAAGACCAGAGCAAACAAAAACAAACCAUAUAUAAAUACCUAUCAAAAUAAAAUAGAAACUGAAAUCAUCCAAAAAGAAGAAAUCGCUGAAAACAACAAUCAAAAAGAUUUAAAUGAUGAAGUCAAUGAAGAAGAUGAUGAAUCAUUAUCCAUUGGUAGAAGAUUGGUCUCAAACAAUGGCUUUGAUUUCUUAGUCAACAUAUUCAACCUUAUUAUCUUUAAUGGCUUUGAUGUCUUUAACAUUGAAUAUACUUCAAAACUUUACCCAUAUAUUCAAAUGUUUAAGAAAGAAGUCAAUAAUAAGAUCAAAGAUCCAUUUGAUAUAGAUCAAUUCUUUGAUGUAUUAAAGGACCAAAGCCCACUAUUAAAUCAAGUUACAAAAGAUAACCCAAUGAACCCAUAUAUAAUUCUAUAUGAAAUUUUAAAUACUUUCGAAUAUAAUGGUUGUAAAGAAUCAGUUGCAAAGAAAUUAUUUGACGGAGAAACUAUUGAUAUCUGUAGCAAAUGUAAAAAAGCCUCAAAACCAUCAACAAAGCAAUUCAAUUUUACUAUAGAUGUCGAAGAAACUUAUCUUGAUGAUGAAAUUUUAAAUGAAAUUAAAAACAAAUUAGAUUCAGAACCUCUUAAAGACUGUGACAAAUGUAAAAAGACUACUUUAGCCUAUAAUUUCCUUGAUGCUGUUCCAGAAUGUCUUUCAAUUGAAAUCAAUAGAAUCCAUAAUGGGGAUAUCAAGUAUAAAAGAUUCAAUAAUCCUAAAGAAAUAGAUCUUACCAGUUGUUUCCAUAAAUGUAGUGAUGCUAAAUACUAUCACCAUUCAACCCUUAUGAAUGAUGGAUCAAUUCAUAUUAGUUCUAAUAACAAAAUAAUCAGAUCAACAAACAAAUCACAAUUUAGCUAUAUUGAUGAAAGUGAACGUUAUAAAGAAGAACCAUUAAUCAGCACAUUAUUAAUUUAUAAAAAAUAUAACAACUCAAAUAGCAAUGAUAAUAUUAACAAUAACAAUAGCAACAAUAAUAGUGAAAAUGAAAAUGAUAAUGAUAAUGAAAACAAAUUCAACGAUAAUGAAGAAACAAACCUCCCAAAACUAGAUUGCAACAAUUCUGAAAACCUAACCAUAGAUCAAGUUAUAGAACUUUAUGAUGAUCACCUUUUAGUGUGGUUGAGUAAUUUAAAAAUGGAAAGCAAACAUAUUAUUUCCAUUACCAAACUCUUCGAGAAAAAAGAAAUUACAAAAUUCUCUGAUAUUCUCUACUUGAAUGAAAAUGACUGGAUAGAUAUCAUCUCAUCCGUCCCAUUAAGAAAUGCAUUUUUAAAAUACCUCAAAUUAAUUAAAGAUUAA